AUGCCAAGGUCUUUUCUGGUCAAAAAGGUUAAGCUCGAUGAUUUCUCAUCUGCUGAUCUUGAGAGCUCCUAUGGCAGAUCAAGAGCCGAUAUCAGUCUCCGCUUUCACGAGAAAGGAUACAUCAGUGACUACAUGACCCCAUCUGUGUAUGAUGGUGAAAGUGACAACGGAAUCAAAGUACCGUCUCCAGGGCCCAUCUACGACAGCAUUCACGGUGACUAUGGAGCACCUGACUCUGACCAGCCGGACAGCCCGCAGUCCGAGAUUUCCUCCGGUUACAUAAACGGAGACAACGCCGUCAGCGAGGGCUACACGGUGGACGCCUUUUUCAUCACGGAUGGCAGGUCACGGAGAAAAGCCAUUAGCAGUACCAGGAGCCUGCAGCGUCACACGUGCAACGAGUGUGGCAAGACGUACGCCACGUCUUCUAACCUGAGCAGACACAAACAGACGCACCGGAGCAUGGACAGCAAGCUGGCGAAGAAGUGCCCGACCUGUGGGAAAGUGUACGUGUCCAUGCCGGCAAUGGCCAUGCAUCUGUUGACCCACGACCUCAAACAUAAGUGUGACAUAUGCGGCAAGGCCUUCAGCAGACCUUGGCUUCUGCAGGGACACAUGCGUUCUCACACCGGCGAGAAACCGUUCGGAUGCGCGCACUGUGGGAAGGCGUUCGCCGACAGGUCUAACCUGAGAGCUCAUAUGCAGACACACUCGGCCUUCAAACACUACAAGUGCAAGAGAUGCAACAAGACGUUCGCUUUAAAGUCUUACCUGAACAAACACUACGAGUCGGCGUGUUUCAAGGGAGCCUUUUCACCUCUUAGCCCAAUGGAGGCGUGA